AUGUUGUAUGUCGAGACUAAAGUGACAACAACGCUGGAUAUGUACAAAAAUUGGAAUAAAACUAAUAACUCUGAAGAUCCUACUGAUACUCCAACCAUACUGGGAUUUCCACUGACAAUUCCCACUGAAGCCCCUAAUCUUAGUUAUAAUAGCAAGUUUUCCGACGACGAUAUUCGGUUGUUAAGGGAAUUUCUUGUCAAUGGAGAGAAAUAUAAAUGGAAACAGGUGACAAAAGAGAUAAAUAGUAGGUCCCUGAUACGCCGAUACGAAACCACUUAUGAAGGUGGCCGACACCCAGGGCCGAAAUCCGAGAAUGAUGAGGGUGCUGGCGCCUCAAACUCGUCUACUGGUAUGAAGAACGUAUCACCAACAUUUGUCAUGAAACAAUAUCAAGCCAUGCUUGGGUUACCCAACCAUGCUGUGCAUUUCGGAACCCUUGGAUCUUCGUUACCAUAUGUGGUGGCACCAAACGGGUGGGACGAUAUACCCAAUGUAGAUUAA